GUCCCUAGCAUCGGCACCUCCUCGUCUUGCUCUCUCGUUCAAGAUGGCCUCCCCCCCUACGAAGCAGUCUCUUCUCCAUCUGUAUCACUCUAUGCUGCGUACCUCGCAGUCGUUCAGCUCAUACAACUUCCGCCACUACUUCGUGCGGAGGACCAAGUCCACAUUCCGGGAGAUUCAGAGUGAGACGGACCCGUCCAAGCUUGCCGCUUUCUAUGACGAGAGGGCAAAGGAGCUCGCGGUGCUGAAGCGCAGCGCGAUCGUGAACCAGCUAUAUGGUGGAUGGAAGCUUGUGGUGGAGAAGCAGAAGCCUGAGCAUGAGCGCAGUGAUAACUGAAGUAGGGUGUCAUUCGCACAUACCAGGAGCUAUCCUUGAACCACUUACAACCUCGCCUCCGGCCUCACAUUCUAUCAUGGUAUAAUGCUGUUACUAUGUAAUUGUAUCGGUUCGGUGCUUCUCAUAAGGGUUGGCACGCCGCAUAUUCUCUACUGACAAGGACGAAAUCA